CCGUGUGCCAGCUGUUAGUUAUGAUUAUCAAAAAUAAACCAAUUGAAAUAUGGACUUGAGACUAACACAUUUUUGGAUAUUUUUCUUACUACACCUCCUCAUGGUAAUGUCCUGCGGAGCUAAUGGCGAUCAAGCCACAAAUUUACCAGAAAACUGCAAAUUCAUGUUGGCUGAAUCAAAAAUCUUUCAAAGAUGGUGUAUUGGCAUCUAUCCCUGGACGGCACAUAUCAAAUAUCAAGAUAAAUUGAUCGAUGUCGAUGAGCCGUAUGGUUUGUAUUUAACUCGAUCUCAGGAUAGUAUAUUGGUGUUGCACAAGGAAUCGGAUCUCCUAAAAUGCCGCAAUAUAGUCUUUUAACUCAUGCAACCAUACAUUGUAUACCAUUUCAUACUAAAUUAUCCGAUGAUCUAAUGAACGAAUGCCUUAACCAGAAUGAUUUUAGUCAUGAGGAUGAGUAUCUGGUGGAGGUCUUGAGAAACCGUCGUGCCAUCCUUCAUUAUACCUUUGCUCAGGAGUGUGCCCAAUCCUUGCAAAUCCCCAUUAUCCUUCUACUCCUUGCUC